AACGAAAUCACCCAUUACCUGAAGUCCAUUCCACAGCGAACAAAAUGAUCGUCCCCGGAGUCGUGAACACCAGCGAGAUGCCUGUCUUCCCCGAAGCUCCAGGGCUCAGCAACCCUAUUCCUAACUUGGGCCAGCUAUUCGACCCAAAUUCAUGGAGCGCAGCUCUGAUAAACCAUGCCACCGUGGCCAACACGCUGCCCCAGGCCGCGCCAAAUCCCUUUCCAGUGCCCGCGAUAAUGGCUGCUGUCUUUGGAGGGCUUGGAACUGGAGCAGAUCAGCAGUUGCAGAACCAGAACAUCCUUAAUAACAUUGGCAAUGCCCAAAUCAAUACUUCCGGAGCGUACAAACAAGCCGCCAACACCGUUGCAAUGCUCAUGAUGCGAAAUCUGACCGACUGGCAGCGUGUUGGACUGCCUCGUCUUUCGACCCAAACCUCCUCCCCUCCCUCUUAUUAUAUCCAACCAAACCAAAGCCUAUCAGCUGCAACUGUCGCAGCAGCAGCAGCGUCAGCAUCAACAAACCCACUAUCAACAUUCCUCUCAUCCAUUCUACCUCAUCUCUACCCUCCCUCAUCCCUGCCCUCACUACAACCUAGUUUUCUUUCAUCCGCCCCGACUGCUGAAUCGCAAUACUACACCCACCUCUUCGCACACAUUGCUACACAGUUCCACCUCGCGCAGUCCGAUCUCGAAACCUACCUGCACGCCGAAGCCCAAGCCAACGAACAAGCCAAAGCCGCCAAACUCACCAUUGUCGAGCGCGUCCAGAUCGAUCAUGCCCAGCGCAUGCAGGCCCAGGCCGAAGCAGAGGCACUUGCGCAGGCGCAUGCCCUGCUCCAGCAACGCCGACAACAUGCUGAGGAGCAACUGCAGUGUAUCAUCCGCGGCGUCCUCCUCCAGGCUGCUCAGGCCGAACUCGAAGCCCGUGGCCAGGCUCAUGCACUGGCGGACCAGCAAAAGACGGUGAUUCAAGAUAGAAUAGAAAACGUCGUCAGUGAAAUCAUGUCAGGCCUGAUGCUGGGCGGGCUACAAGUCGGGCAAGGCGACUGGGGACUGGGAUUGGCCGGCCAAAUCCAAACUCAGAUUCAAAAUCAAGGUCUUGCCAGUGCUGCUGCGACAUUGGGACAAUUAGGCCAGUUGGGCCAGUUGGCGCAGUACGCAACUCUUUUCCCCAAUGGCGGUGGGUAUAAUUCCAGUCUCAGCGUUUCACUGGUGCGAGAGCUAGGCAAGUACUACGAGCAUCUUGGAAUUGGUUACCCAGGAUUCCAAAACAUCGGCGGUGUCACAGGACUACAAGACCUCCUGCGCAACGCGCUGCUCCAGCAAGGCACUGGAGCAAAUUUACAGCCAUAUUCCGGUGUUUGGCCUUGGAAUGGGAACCCUUAUAAUCCUUCUUUUUCUUCUUCUUCUUCUUCUUCUUCUUCUUCUUCUUCUAUCAACGGUACGUUGUAUUUCCCCUCAUCAUCUCAAUCCUCAUUCCCUCCGUCUUCUCCUUCCUCGUCGUUAGGGUUAGGUCAAGUCAUGGAGCAAAUCCGAAGAAACAUUUUCUCGCCGCAGCAGCAGUACAACAACAAUAACAACUUAUUCACCAACGGAUUCACCAACAACGGGUAUUAUCAGCAGCUUACCUUUCAGCAACAAAACGAGGUCAACACCCAGAUCAAACAAAUCCAACAAGUCCAAUUGGCGCAGCAUCUUUUACAAGUCUUACUACAGACUCCCCAUCUAUGGCCGCUUAUCCAGCAACAUCACGGGAAUAAUGUGAUUACAGAUAGUGUCAAUUUAUAUGGUAUCCUUUCCAAUGUCCUUGCUAAUAUCGACCGACUUGUCAACACUACAUCAUCAUUAUCAUCAUCAUCAUAUCCCGGCCUACUCCCAGCUUCGUAUGGCACAGUCUUUAAUACUCUUCCCUUUCACAACAACAAUUCCUCCACUGCCAAUCUGAACUUGAACCUGAACCUGACAGGCUUUGUCAACAACUACAACGACAUCCAAGCACACCUGAACCACGUCGGCAGUCUGAACAUCAACACGCAUUUGCUCAAUCUGCUUGCCUCGUUUUUCUAUCCUCACAUAUAUACGUCUCCAGGUAAUAGUACAUUUUCGCCCUCCUCUAAUCCCACAAACAUUCUCAACACGGAAAACAUGACUACCAAUAACCCCGCCUCUUUCCCUUCCUCAUCAUCUUCCUCCUCCUCAUACUCCUCCUCAUCUACCCUUUUCCCCGACUUCUCCAACUUCUCCACCUCCAACACCAACACAGCCGACUCCUCCACCCACCCCGGUGCUUUCCCAGCCACAUCCCCUCCAUCCACACACCCCACCCACCCGGACCGCAACGGCGACAUGCCCAUGUGUCUGUGCGACUUCUCCACAACAUGCACGCACUCGCGGGCACUCGCCUCCGCCGCCUCGACACAGCCUGCAGGCCUAUCAAUCAAGUCUGCGUCAGGCAAGGUUGUUUGGUCCGGGCGCGUAAACGACGCGCAGAGCGUCGAGCGGGUCUUGGACGAGCUGGUCUUGUCCGGGGCUGCAGCUGGGGGUGCCGUUCAUCCAUUUGUUCCUCCUUCUUUGUCUUCUUCUUCUUUGUCCUCCUUCUCCUCUUCUUCCUCUUCCUCGGGUUCUUCUUCGGGUUCGUCGGGCACUUCAUCGUCGUCAAAUAGGUCUACCCGUCGCGGUAAAGACGAUGAAAGAAUCCUCGGCCAGAGCGGCGUGUUUGGUCGUGCGGAUCGAACGACUGAUCGCACCGAUCGGAGAAACAGCAGGGACGACGACAAGUCGACCGGGUCUAACGGCAAGAGGUCAAAAGGUAAAGGUAUAUUAAAGAACCGCGGGCGAAGCAGGAGCAGGAGCAGGAGCAGGAGCAGGAGUCCCAUUGGUCGUGGAGAAGGACGGGCAGGAGGAGGACGAGGAGGGCGAAAAGACAGUCGGGAUGAUAGACGCGGGAAUCGUAACAGCAGUAACGAACGAGACAGGAGUCGGAAUAGAAGAAACAGUAACGGGAAUAACAGAAGCAAGAAAAACGACAGCGAUAGAGGAAGGGGACGGAAACAGGUGAGGUUUGCGCAGGAUUCGUAGGUAGGUAGUAGGGUUUGACUGUAAGUUGUGUAUAUAUAUGGUUUGUAGUAUCACGUCUUAUAUAUUACGUCAAAUGAUAAUCACAAUGUCAAUGUCAAAUCAAAGAAACGAAAAAGGAACUUAGAACAGCGUGGAUGAAUAAAAGAGGAAAUU